AUCGUCGCCGUUUGCCAAACCACCGGCCUGCCUCCAUACACCUUCGUCAGUUUCUUUUCUCUGCCCGAACUGCCAACAUCGCGACCGAUUUAUUAAGGAGUUCGAUUUUCUCGGCAAACAAUCGGAAAGAAGGCGGCCUUUUUUGCUAUCUAUGGUCCUAUUAACGUCUUCCGCUCCUUCGCCGGUGUUUCCUGUUAUCCCAAGCUCCAGAAUUUGAUCGAUCUAAUUCGAUCUGCUGACUUAAUAUCCUAGUUUUUCUUCAUAACUAUUGGAGGAUUUGGGCAUUGUGUGCUUCAUUAUAGUUAUCGAUAGGUUAGGUUAGGGUUUUAGUUUGUUGUCCAUCCGCCAGGCGGGAACUAUUCAGAGAAGUUAGGGUCUUGAUAGUAGCUCGAUGGCGGAUCGUAGCAUCAGCAGCACUAACAACGCUUUAGCGAAGCCGAUAUGGAUGAAGCAAGCGGAAGAGGCCAAGCUAAAGAGCGAGGCUGAGAAAGCUGCGGCUGCAAAGGCUGCUUUCGAGGCCACGUUCAAAGAUGUGAGUAACAAACCAGAAACUCCUGCGCUGGACUCCGAUUCAGAUGAAGAAGAAGAAGACGAGAGAGAUUUGGCUAACAAGCCCAUUGGCCCUGUCGACCCGGCCAAGUGCACCGCUGCUGGUGUGGGAAUUGCUGGCGGGACCGCUUGCGCUCCCUCGACUUUCACGGUGGUGACUAAGGAUGCUGAUGGAAGGAAGGUGCCUCAGGGAGGCGCCGAGAUUAAGGUGACGGUGUCCCCUGGAGUUGGUGUUGGGGGAACUGAGCAGGAUGGGAUUGUGAAGGAUAUUGGAGAUGGCUCGUAUACGGUCACUUAUGUGGUGCCCAAGAGGGGGAACUAUAUGUUGCAUAUUGAAUGUAAUGGAAAACCCAUCAUGGGUAGCCCAUUUCCUGUGUUCUUCAGUCAAGGCACUUCAACUGGUGGUCUCCUUGGUGUGGCUCCUGCUUCGACAUAUUCAAACCAUGUCAAUCAGACUAUGCCCAACAUGCCUAAUUAUUCGGCAUCGAUGUCUGGGUCUUUCCCUGGAUUGUUAAGUAUGAUUCCAGGAAUCGUUCCUGGUCCUUCUGGUGGUGUUGUCUUGCCCGGAAUUGGAGCAUCACUUGGAGAAGUUUGUAGGGAAUAUCUUAAUGGUCGAUGCACGCAAUCGGAUUGCAAGCUGAACCAUCCUCCCCACAAUUUACUGAUGACCGCACUAGCAGCAACGACCACAAUGGGCACUCUCAGUCAGGUGCCUAUGGCACCUUCAGCAGCUGCUAUGGCUGCUGCUCAGGCUAUCGUUGCUGCUCAAGCUCUUCAAGCUCAUGCUGCUCAGGUGCAAGCAGCACAGUCCAGUAAAGAUACAUCUGGCUCAUCUGACAGAUUUGGCAAGGAUGAAGCACUCAAAAAGACUCUCCAAGUUAGCAAUCUCAGUCCUCUGCUGACAGUUGAGCAGCUGAAACAACUUUUCAGCUUCUGUGGCACGGUUGUGGAAUGUACAGUUACUGAUUCGAAGCAUUUUGCAUACAUAGAGUACUCAAAACCAGAAGAAGCAACCGCGGCUUUGGCACUGAACAAUAUAGAUGUUGGUGGACGUCCUCUGAAUGUGGAGAUGGCUAAAUCACUUCCCCAGAAACCAGUCGUAAACUCUUCAGUGUCCUCUUCGUCUUCUUUGCCUGUGAUGAUGCAGCAAGCUGUUAUCAUGCAACAGAUGCAAUUUCAACAGGCUUUACUUAUGCAACAGACAAUGACUGCACAACAAGCAGCUAAUCGCGCUGCAACCAUGAAGUCUGCAACAGAGUUGGCUGCUGCCAGAGCCGCAGAGAUAAGUAUGAAGCUAAAAGCUGAUGGACUUUUCGAUGAAGAGGAACCUAAGAAAGAGAAGUCGAAGUCGCCAUCACCUCCUCGAGCGAGAUCCAAGUCAAGGUCCAGAUCACCAAUCAACUAUCGGAGAAAACGAAGAUCACCUUCUUACUCACCUCCACCACACCGCCGUAGGGAACGUACACCCUUGAGAUCUCGGAAUUACUUGAGGUAUGACACUGGUAGGCGUUCUUUUAGAGAUUCCAGAGAUGAUAGCGGCAGAAGUAGGAGAAGGGAUUUGGAUAGAUCUUAUGACCGUGAUUUUUCUACUUCAAAGCGACAUAAGAGUCGAAGUGUGAGCCCUCGAAGACGAAAAUCCUACAGGGAGGAUUCAGGUUCUCCAAGACGGCGCCUAGAUAGUUCACCACACAGAACAAGAAAAUCACCACCUGGUCGGUCAAGAUCACCAAGGCGUCACCGAGCUAGUAGGUCAUCUCCUAGAACUGAUGGUGAUAGCAAGACUAAACGCCGGGAACGCUCUCUCUCUAACACUCCAGAUGAGUCCAAUGAUAGGACAAAUGGAGCCCAAGAUGAAAUAAAGCUACGGGAAAGGAGAUCGAGAUCACUUUCAAGUGAAUCCAGGCCCGUCCAGGGCAAGUCAUCUCCAACGAGCUCAAAUGAUUCUGAACAAAAGCAGAAGAGAAGAUCCAGGUCUAAUUCAUUAGAGACCAAGCAUCGCGUGGAUGAGAAAUUGGAUGAGAAUUCUAGAGGUGGAAGUUCCAGACGUCGUGGAAAGAUGUCGCGGUCAAGAUCAGCAGAACGUGGUCACAGGUCUAAAGAAAAAGAAACUGGAAGCCGAGACAGGAAGUCAAAGCAUCGUGACCGAAACCGAUCUUUAUCAGCAGAAGAUAAGCAUCACAGAAAAAGUAGGUCAUCCCCAAGAGGCAGGGAUGGCGAUAGAUCAAAGCAUAGAAGGUACUCCAAUUCAGCCUCUCCCGAUGGUGAAAAAAACAGGCACAGGAUAGAUGAGGACAGGGAUAGAAAACCUAAUCAUCGCAGUAGAAGAAGGUCAAGAUCAACUGAAGGCAAGAUUCGUAGAUCUCAAAAGGAGCUUGAUGUAUCUGAAUCGAGGGAGAAGAAACACUUGAGGUCUAAAUCUGUAGAGCGCAGGCGUCACUCGAAAGAUGGCAAGGAUAAAAAGAAGGACGAUAACGUAGCUGAUCACAAGGGCAGAUCGCACAGAACUGAACAUAGCACUCAGGAAAUAGAUUUUAUUCAAGAAGACUCUUCAAAGACUAGGGAUGAUGGAAUGAUGCGGGCAAAAGAAAAAGACCGUUAUUCGAAUCAAUCAGUAAAAGUCACGACAGCAGAAGAUGAUGAGGAUCUAAACUGUAAUUCUAUGCCAGAUGGUAUUACUGAUGGGGAAGGUGUAGUACCAUUGACUGAGGAUCCAUAGCAUGGAAUCGUGAUGCCAGGAGCAGUGAAUUUCAGAGGUCAGCGUGCCUGAGAUUGGCAGAGUUGGUACAUGCAAUAUCAGAACUGGGAACAGCCAUAUCAUGAUUUGAAUGCUGACGGGUAUUGUGUCGCAAGAUUUGAAAGCCAACGAGUCAACAGGAGAGGGCCUCUUUGCUUGAAAUAAGGGCUGCUUUAAGAAGACUUGUUAGAGUUUCUUUGGUGCUAGGAUUCUCUGCCAGUAGUUAGCUCCUUAUGAACAUGCACCUUUUCUUUUGUGUUUGCUGUCUUUGCAGGUCCAUACUGACUGGGUUGGAACUAGCCCUUGGCUGGAGCUGACUUACGGCUUAAGCUUCUCAAGAGCUGUGGCCAUUUGCAUCUCUACCUACAAUGUUUGUAGCAAUCUCCUAUAACUGCUAGAUGUUCGACAUGCUGCGUUACUGAGAUCAAGUGAAACCAGAGUCUCCUUUUCUCUGAGAUCUGGCAUGUUGACAUAUAGUCAUCCAAAAAGUGGAGGUAUAUGGUUUGGUGAGUGAAGCUACUUUUGAGGUGAAAGUGAAACAUGCUGCGGCAGGCGUGAAUAGGCUCAGAGUUAUGCUGUUGUCAAGUAUCUGAAGAUUGGCCAACUCCAUCGUUCGAUCAUGUAUAUCUUCAGGUAAUUCCUCGUUAAAAUUCCCUGGGAGAAGGCUAGGGUUAUCAGGAUGUAAAGCUCUCAUUUUGUUUCUUCCAUGCCUGCACUUGGAUGGAUCAACACCGUGUUCUCCAUAUAUAUAGCCAAGAUAGAAUUGACUCGUGUUUUAGGAUACUCGCCCAGAUCACCAUGAAACCAACAGGAUACCGUAGUUAGUGGUGGCAUUUGUUUCACUAUUGAAUUUAUGGCUAAGACUCAAUAUUUCCCACCAUGUUCUGAUGUAGUUGGCUGGGGGAAAGCAAUUAUAUGAGAUUAGCCGGUAUUUGUCUGGAAAUUGUUAGAGUUGAUUGUUCUUUGGGUCUUCCGUACCUUAGUCCCAUGGAAGAGCGAGCAUGUUUAUGGGAUAGGUCUAUUGUUGUUUGCCUCUUGCCUUCUUCUGUUUCCUUUUUCUUCUGCUCUUUUCCUUUUUUGAGACUUGUGAAGCAGAUGGGUACGGGGAGAGGUGCAGCAACCGGACUGAUAUAUACGCUCUUGCCAGCCACUGGAGUUGGAGCCUUUCAGUUCUUGCCUUCGUUCAAUUUGGUUUAACUCCGUCUGCUACUUUUUUGAGUCACAUGAUCACAUCUCAAGUAGCUCUGCGUACUGCCACCAGGUUAUGGUGCAUAAGCAGGUUGUAUAGUGAUUCCUUCCUGCGUUCGACGAUGGUUAUAUGAGGUGGUGAAAAGUUUGGGAGAAUUGUUGAGUUGCUUUCGUGUCUCUUAAUGACUUAAUUCAUAUCAGUUUGAUCGAGUUGGUGAAAAGUUUGGGCGUCAAUUCAUCCUGGUGCUCGACCUAGCAAACAAAUGUCGUCUUCAGUACAUUAGCAAGAAUCCUAUCUCGUUGCCCUGAUUGCAAUGGCUCCGUCGACAUUUAUUGCCUAGUUAUCAUAGUACGUACGUUGGCCCUAACACCUCAGGGCAUAGGGUAAUCUGGGUUUGCAAAGCCUACAAUACAUCAAUGAAGCUUUUGGGACCUGAAAGCUUCUAUUCUGAAGGAAAAUGAGAGCAAAGUGUUCAGGAAACUAUUCCUCAUCACCGUCUCCUUACCAUCCGAUUUUUGUCGUGAUGGAAGUUCGUUGAAAGAGGCUUAGCUUGAGCGUUGCAGUACUUCUCUUGUGUUCUUGCUGUUAGGAGGAAGAAUAGGCAACUACUCCGAUAAGGACACAAGUAUAUACAAUGC